UGCGUGUCUAUAUGAAGGUGUGUGCAUGAGCACACCAUUGCCCACAGAAACCAGAAAAGGGCAUCAGAUGCCCUCGAUCUAGUGCUACAGGAGGCAGUGAGCCACUGGCAUGGGGGCUGGGAACUGACUCUGGUCCUCUGCUUGAGUGGUGCUUGGCUUAACUGCUGAGCCCUCUCCUCAGCCCCAUCUGUAAAGCUUUAAGCACCUUGUCAACUGUUUCUAAAGUUCAAAAGAGUUUGAAGUUGUAUUAUUUUCCAACAUAUCUUCUGGGGCCAGUGUUCUCUGAACUCCAUUCACCUCCCCAUCACUGUUAGGAUUUUUGCCAAACACACAUACAGUUUCUGAAAUACGGUUUCUUCCACAUCCUGUACAUGGAACAGUAGUCCACUUGCCAUAUGUCAAUGAAGACUUAAGGGAAGAAACUCUUUUUAUAGAAUUCCAUGCAAAGCAGUAUUGCACAGUGUCAUUCUGUACUUGGGGAAGCACUGCUUGGGCAGUUCUUCUCGGCAUUAAGGAUGACAUACCAUUUCUGUCUUUGAAGUGUAGCCCUGUCCUGACAGGUGUCAGUGGCUAAUGAACUUGCUUUAAUAGUGACAGGGUUAGUGAUGACAGAUGUCAGGCCAGGUCCAUGGCCAAGCUGUAUCUCUCAGUUCCCAUACUGGGUACUGGAGAGUCACGUUGGGGUCUCACACAUACUGUGAGACAAACAUUCUACCACUAAGCUAUAUCCCUAGGCCUAUUAAAAACUGCUACCGAAGUAGAGCCAAAAGCCCCUAUUGUUUUAGAAAACAGUUAGUUUUAACUGCUACAGGUUAAAUACUGCUAAUUGCAAAACUGUUAAUUGUAACAUUUGCUGAAAUUAAAAAGUAAUAUUUUCAGCCAAGCAUGAUGGCAUAGAGUCUGUAAUUUCAUCCCUUGGGUGGUAUAUGCAGGAGAAUCAGGAGAUAAAGGCUGCUGGCCUUAACUACACAAGACUUCCUUCUAAAAAAAUCAAACAGACCAGCUAGGCAGAGGCUCAGUUGGUAAAGUUUUUAGGACCUGAGUCCAGAUCCUCAGUGUCUGAGUAAAAAGCUGGAGGUGGCAACACAGGUCUGAGAUUCCUGCUCCAAGGAGGUAGAGGUGGGGUGUGAGCUGUGAAGGCCAGCUAGUCUAGCAGAAUCACUGAAUUUCAGGUCUGGUGAGAACUUAUCUGGAAAAAACAAAGAUAAGCAGCCACCAGGGAAGCCUGACAUGUGACCUCUGGCCUCCACAGGCACAGGCACACAAACAAACACACAGCACACGCAGAGCAAGCAGUUAGAUUUUCAGGCCUCUCCUCUCCUAUGGGCCAUGUCUGAAAUGUCCUACUGUGUCUACACAGAGUGAUUAGCAAACUGGUCCAGAGGGAGGUGGAAUGCUGGGCGCUCUUUUGGUAGAUCUGCUACUUACUUGUUUUGAUUCUGGGAAACUCAGUCAUCUUUUAAAGAUGUAAAGAGAGUCUAAAGAUAAUUAAGGAACAUAGAAUUGCUUUGGUUCUGGUCACCUUAACCAUAGAAAGCUAACUUUUAAUUUAACUAGUGAGGAAUAUGGCUUUCUCCAGUUUCCCAUAGGUGAGAGUGACACUUGAACUAGAAAGAAUGAUCUGCUGGAACCUUCUCGUUCACACCAGAAUGGUAUGUGGCCGAUUGUUUCCUUCUGUGUCCCAAGGAAUGUGCCCUGGGUUCUAGAAUUUGUCCACAGAGGCAGAUUCAGAGCCGCAGAGAUUUGGGGCUGAUCUGAAGACAGAACAGGGGCGAAAAUCUUGGCUAAAUUUAGGCGGAUCCUGGUAUACCAGAGCAGAACCUCUUUCAGUGUUGGUUGUGUCUUACACUGGAGGAGCCCAGGAAUGAGAUAUUCUUGGGCUCUCUUUCUUCGCCCCAGCAUUCAACCGCUUCAGUGCAAAAACGCUUGACUCUUUGUUUCCUGGGACACACUUAACCUCAAUGAAGAUUUGAUGGACAGAUCCUUUCUGGUGACUUUUGGGAUUUUUUCUUUCUUUCUCAAUGUGCAAGUUAGACAAGUGAAAGGAGCAGAAAGUUGCCUGCUUUGGUGAAUAACUUGAUUCUUAGAACAUGGGCCCUCGCUUAAAGUUGCAGCUGUGAUCCUCGGCUUUCUGUAGGCAUUGAAGAGACCUGAUGUUUUACGUUAUUGGUGGAAUCAUAGUGUCUGUGGUUGCAUUCUUUUUCACAAUUAAGUUCCUCUUUGAGCUUGCCGCACGUGUAGUCAGCUUUCUUCAGAAUGAAGACCGUGAACGCCGAGGGGACCGGACUAUUUAUGACUACGUGCGGGGAAAUUACCUGGAUCCCCGGUCCUGCAAAGUGUCCUGGGAUUGGAAGGACCCCUAUGAGGUGGGCCACAGCAUGGCCUUCCGAGUGCAUUUGUUCUAUAAGAAUGGACAGCCUUUCCCUGCACACCGACCUGUGGGACUGCGAGUUCACAUCUCUCACGUUGAACUAGCAGUGGAAAUUCCAGUGACCCAGGAGGUCCUCCAGGAGCCAAACUCUAACGUGGUGAAGGUGGCCUUCACUGUGCGCAAGGCUGGGCGCUAUGAGAUUACUGUGAAGCUCGGUGGAUUAAAUGUGGCCUAUAGUCCCUACUACAAAAUUUUUCAGCCUGGAAUGGUAGUUCCUUCCAAAACCAAAAUUGUGUGCCAUUUUUCUACUCUGGUGUUGACGUGUGGGCAGCCACACACUCUGCAGAUAGUGCCCCGAGAUGAGUAUGACAAUCCGACCAACAAUUCCAUGUCCCUGAGAGAAGAGCACAACUACAGCCUGUCCAUUCAUGAGCUUGGUCCUCAAGAAGAAGAGAAUAGCGAAGUCUCAUUUGAGAAGUCAGUGACCUCCAACAGACAGACUUGCCAGGUGUUCUUGCGGCUCACCCUGCAUUCCCGAGGUUGCUUCCAUGCCUGCAUUUCAUACCAGAACCAACCCAUCAAUAAUGGUGAAUUUGACAUCAUUGUCCUUAGUGAGAAUGAGAAGAAUAUCGUUGAACGAAAUGUGUCCACCUCAGGAGUGAGCAUUUACUUUGAGGCUUACCUUUACAAUGCUAACAGCUAUAGCAGUGCACCAUGGCAUCUGCCUCCCAUGCACAUGAGCUCUUCUCAGCGCCGGCCCUCCACUGCUCUUGAAGAGGAGGAGGAAGACUCGCCCUCAGAGUGCCACACCCCUGAGAAGGUGAAGAAACCGAAGAAGGUGUACUGCUAUGUGUCACCAAAGCAAUUCUCAGUGAAGGAAUUUUACCUGAAAAUCAUCCCCUGGCGCCUCUACACCUUCCGAGUGUGCCCCGGAACCAAAUUCUCAUACCUUGGCCCUGACCCUGUUCACAAGCUGCUCACAUUGGUGGUGGAUGACGGCAUUCAGCCUCCUGUGGAGCUCAGCUGCAAGGAGAGGAACAUUCUAGCAGCCACUUUCAUCCGUUCCUUGCACAAGAACAUUGGAGGCUCCGAAACCUUUCAAGACAAGGUGAACUUUUUUCAGAGAGAGCUUCGGCAGGUACAUAUGAAGAGACCUCAUUCCAAAGUCACCCUGAAGGUCAGCAGACACGCCUUGUUGGAAUCGUCUUUGAAGGCCACUCGGAACUUUUCCAUCUCAGAUUGGAGCAAGAACUUUGAAGUGGUUUUCCAGGAUGAAGAAGCUUUGGAUUGGGGAGGGCCUCGCCGGGAAUGGUUUGAGCUAAUCUGCAAAGCACUGUUUGAUACCACCAGUCAGCUCUUCACCCGGUUCAGUGACAACAACCAAGCACUAGUGCAUCCUAACCCUAAUCGCCCGGCUCACCUGCGCUUGAAGAUGUAUGAGUUUGCAGGGCGGCUGGUGGGCAAGUGUUUGUAUGAAUCCUCUCUAGGAGGAGCCUACAAGCAGUUGGUCCGUGCCCGUUUCACUCGGUCUUUCCUGGCCCAAAUCAUAGGACUACGUAUGCAUUACAAGUACUUUGAAACAGAUGACCCAGAAUUCUAUAAAUCCAAAGUAUGUUUUAUCCUCAACAAUGACAUGAGUGAGAUGGAGCUGGUCUUUGCAGAAGAGAAAUACAACAAAUCAGGUCAACUAGAUAAGAUUGUAGAACUCAUGACAGGUGGAGCUCAAACCCCAGUCACCAAUGCAAAUAAAACCUUCUAUUUAAACUUGUUGGCUCAGUACCGGCUGGCCAGUCAGGUGAAAGAGGAGGUGGAGCACUUUCUGAAAGGCUUGAAUGAGUUGGUUCCUGAGAACCUUUUGGCUAUUUUUGAUGAGAAUGAGCUUGAGCUGCUGAUGUGUGGGACUGGAGACAUCAGUGUGUCUGACUUCAAAGCCCAUGCUGUAGUGGUGGGUGGAUCCUGGCAUUUCAGAGAAAAGGUCAUGAGGUGGUUUUGGACUGUGGUUUCCAGUCUGACCCAGGAGGAACUGGCUCGGCUGCUUCAGUUCACAACAGGCUCUUCUCAGCUCCCACCUGGAGGAUUUGCUGCCCUCUGUCCCUCAUUUCAGAUUAUUGCUGCUCCAACCCACAGCACGCUUCCUACUGCACACACGUGUUUUAACCAACUGUGCCUCCCUACAUAUGACUCAUAUGAAGAGGUACACAGGAUGCUACAGCUGGCCAUCAGUGAGGGUUGCGAGGGCUUUGGCAUGCUCUGACCGUUCCUCUGUCACCUGCUUGACUCCCAAGCUCUCUAGAGCAUUUGGACACAUGUUAACAAGCAUAACCACUGACCUUAACCACAACCAUUAGCCAGAAGAUACUGCAUGCUCCCUUGUGUCAGGAGUAUUCUGUCAUCUACAAGCACUGUUCUUACCUCACCUUCUGUCCACAUUUACCACAGGCCACUUGAGCAUGUGGCACCUAUCCGAGCUCUACUCAGUCAUGAGAGGAGGACCAUGCUGCUGUCAUUUUGUUGGUCCUUGGAAGACCUCUGGCUGGAUCUGCCUCAGUGGCUGGAAGAGAUGCAUGACACAGAGGACUCGAUUCUGAUGGAAAGCCAGUAUUGAGACCCGGCAGCCACGCUUCAUCCCAGCACCCUCUGCUCCUUGGAAAUGCCCUCCUUGAUCUCACUACUUGACCAGACUGGGCAACCCAUCACCUCUUCUCACCAGUGGUCAGGAGAAGCACAGCUAGAAAGUGGCUCGCACAAGCCAUCUGAUUUGUCCUCCCACCUGAUGGCAGGCACAGGCCAUGGCACAGCAUUAGUUCUCAUGGGGACUGGUAGUACAAAAGGAUCUCUUUAUGGUGACAGAACUGGAAAAGACACUCCCUGCGGACAUUUUUUAAGAUGAUCAUUAAUCUAUAAGGAAUUUGGUAAGCUUUCUCUUGAAUUUGAGCCAGUGAGAAAAGCAGUCAGAAGAAUGUGAAGGAUGGUUGUGCUGUAGCCUCCAGUGCUGGGUACGCUUCUCUCUCGGGGAAGGGCUGUGUCCAGGCAUGUGGAUGGCUUGAAGACUACUGAUGCUUUUCUCUGAGUUUGUUCUUUGCACUGAAGGAGGACUUGGCCUGACCUCCAACUUACGUAGUUUGUUAAGAGCUGUCUUUAGCCUUCUGCUGGAGGAGCUUUUGGAGCAACAGACUGGGACAGUGAAAAUAGACUGACAGCUCUCUGGUGGUGAUCUCUGGCAGCACUGAGGCAAAGAAACUGUGAUCACAGGUCCUGGGUCAAACCAGUGGGGAUAGAUGAGGUGGAGAUCCAGCAGCAGUAAAUACCUAGCAAUUCCAAGUGCUUGGCUUCAUCAGUUACCAAGAAGUGGGGAACCAUGGAGGGAGAAUGCUGUACUGAGUUCGCAGUUACAUGGUGAUGACAGAGAACUCAGUUUCAAGGAAGAGUAUUUGAAUGAAAACAACACGAAGGCCCAGCAUUGCAUGGAUUUCCCGAUUUCUGUCUUUAAUAAGGCUUUUCUAUAAGCCACUAUUUUCCAUGGGGCACUUAGAAUAUUACAAGCCAUUUUAUUGCCAAAACCAGCACGUACACAGAAUCCCGAGAUAAGGCAGUUCCUGUGACAGUGCCUUGGCCUCCUGGAAGCAGUCUGAGCCCUCCUGUUCCCAGGGAUCAUGAGAAACAAGCCCUCCUGAGCUGCAAGAAGCCUGACUGACCUCCUUUACAGUCAUCUGUUUUCUCUUGGCGUGGGUGCUCACCUCACUUAUCCUUGGGGUUUGGGACCUGGCAUCAGGACCUCUUCACCCAGGGUCCUCCAUGCCACAUGGUCACUGCUUUCCUCAGGGACCAGGACAAGGUGCUGCUGCCUGCCCACACUUUCCCAAGGAACACGUACAGAAUCAUUUAGCCACUACCCUGCUGCUUCUCAGGCCUCCGCUGGGGCUUCCAGCUGGGUACAUGGCUGCUUGGCUGUUUGGGGCGGUCCUUCCUCCUUGGGUCCACAAUCCUGGCUCCAGCACCCCCUGCAGACUACACAGUGGGGGUCGGUGGAUGUGAGUGGCUAGACCUCUCAUUUUCAGCUCUAGUCAUAGCCCUUCUUCAGCGUCUCCUAGGCACUACUGCAGCCCCACUGGGGCAGCUAGUAUCCCAGGGUGGACUUUAGGCACCAGAGUCUUUAACAAGAAAAUCCUCUAGUAUUGUGUGGUUUUCUAUUUUUCCAGUUUACUCUCCUAACUAUUCAGAAGCAUUUUGCUCUCUCUUGCAUUUUCUUUUACCUUGUUUUUCUAAUACUGCUUUGGUACUAGCCCAUGUGGGGAAGAGAUACAGUAUGUUGGACAGAUAAAAAGGUGUGUUAUUUCUUGGUCAAUUUUCUAUUCGUAUUCCUUAUUUUGGCCAGUUCUUUUGUUUAUGCUUUGUGACAUAGGUACUUGGGAGGCUAGCUGCCCUCCUGGCUUUUGGCUUUUCGGUGUCCUUGAAGGAGACCAGUCAUGACCACCAAGGAGAGUGUCAGCUUGAUUCAGAACUUGGCAGAGGCCGAGCUCUGCUGCACUGUCAGGCCAGGUCUGGAUGUCAGCAGUUGGAGAUGUAAAUAUUUUGUACAGUAAAUAAAAUGCCUACAAUAA